AAUCUUAUUUACGAGCCAAUAUUACUCCUCAAUUUGCUUCCUUUUUUUCCAAUCGCAUUCCCUUUUCAGUUUUCCACAGAAAAACUGCGACAGGGGAUGCUUGUUUCAUCCAUCCAAUAGAUCAACACAUGAACAUCAAUAUUUGGGAAAAGAACAAAAUGAUCAGAAGCUUGUUUCUGAUUUCCUUGUUGCUUCACACAAUUGUGGCCCAAAAGCAUGCACAUCCACAUCCAAAUCUCCCUGUUGCUCCUGUACCUAUCCAGAAAUGGACAACAUUAAGCGGUAAAGAACCUCUUGUAAUAGCUCGUGGCGGUUUCACGGGACUCUUCCCAGAAGGCUCCCCUGAAGCAGUUCAGAUGUCACGUGACAUAAGCAUCUUCUUGUGCAAUCUUCAGCUGACAAAAGAUGGUGGUGCCUUUUGUGUUACUGGUAACACGCUUGACAAUGCAACAACUAUAGCAUUGUUUGAUCCUAAGGAAAAAACCUACAAUAUCAAUGGGAUGGAUGUGAAGGGACACUUUUCUGUGGAUUACACCACUGCUCAGAUUGACCAGAAUGUAUCAAUGACCCAGGCCCUAUUUACUAGACCUGGUUUCUACGAUGGUGCUGGCCCAGUUCUUAAUGUUGAUGCGAUACUGAGUCUUCAAUCCCCACCAAGGUUUUGGUUGAAUGUUCAGAAUGCAGCAUUCUACACCCAACAAGGAUUAAAAGUGGUAGACAUAGUUCUGGAUAUGUUGAGAGUUUAUCCAGCAAUAGAGAUUGUUUCAUCUCCAGAUAUUGGCUUCUUGAAGGGUAUCAGUGGGAAAACAAACAAGGCAACAAAGGUCAUCUUUCAACUUCUUCAAAGCAAUGAUGUUGAACCUUUAACCAAGAAACCAUACGGCACCGUUGUGAAGGAUCUUGCAGCAAUCAAGUUAUUUGCAUCAGGCAUAAUGGUCCCCAAAGAAUACAUAUGGCCAGUUAAACCAGACAAAUAUCUAGGGCUUCCCACAACACUUGUAGCUGAUGCCCAUAAAUCAGGACUUGAAGUGUUUGCUUCUGGUUUUGCUAAUGACUACUUCUCAAGCUACAAUUAUAACUAUGAUCCUACUGCUGAGUACCUUCAAUUUAUAGACCAUGGAGAUUCUGUUGAUGGUGUUGUCACCGAUUUCCCAACAACAGCAUCAAAUGCCAUUGCUUGCUUUGCACACAACAAUACCUUGCCAAGAAAAGGACGAACUUUGGUCAUAAGCAGCAAUGGAGCAAGCGCUGUUUAUCCUGGCAGCACUGAUCUUGCAUAUCAGCAAGCAAUAGAUGAUGGCACUGACAUCAUAGAUUGCACAGUUCAAAUGACAAAGGAUGGAAUUGCCUUCUGCGCAUAUAACGCAGACUUAAACACAGAAAGCACCGCUAUGACAAAGUUCAUGUCUCGAUCUUCCAAUGUCCCAGAAAUUCAACCAAAGAGUGGAAUUUUCUCAUUUGACCUUGCAUGGAGCGAGAUUCAGACACUAAAACCUCAAACUACUAACCCUAUAGGAAGCGAUUUUCUAAGAAACCCAGCAAACAAGAACAGUGGUAAAUUUGUUACCCUCACUGAAUUUUUGGACUUGGCUAAGACAAAGGCAGUUAGAGGCAUUUUAGUCAGCAUACCGAAUGCUGCUUACCUAGCAUCCAAGAAGGGUCUUGACAUUGUUGGUGCUGUGAGCACUGCUUUGAGCAAUGCCACCUUUGACAAGCAAGCCACACAAAAAGUCUUCAUCCAAUCAGAGGACACUUCAGUCCUAUCCAAGUUCGAGGAUAUCCCAUCUUACAAAAGGGUGUUGUUGAUCAAUGAAAUAGUAGGCGAUGUACCGCUACAAACGGUUGGAGAAAUUAAGAAGCACGCAGAUGCAGUGAAUCUUCCAAGAACCUCUGUUAUCAAAUCAUCUAAUUCCUUGUUAAUAGGAGUAACAAAUGUUGUCAAAGAGUUGAAAGAUGCAAACAUCACAGUAUUUGUCCACGUUUUCAGAAAUGAAUACAUGGGCCUGGCAUUCGACUACUGGUCAGAUCCUAAUAUCGAGAUGGCUACUUAUGUCCAUACUGUUCAGGUUGACGGGCUCGUGACUGAAUUUCCAGCCACUGCAAGUAGAUUUUUGAGAAGCCCAUGUAGCCAUCUGAGGCAUGUCCCUACAAUUUUACCAGUUAAGCCAGGUGAACUUGUGAGCACUGUUCCACCUGAGGUACUACCACCGGCAGCUGCGCCACUUCCAUCACUUAAGGCUGCAGACGUUGUUGACCCACCACUUCCAGCAGUGGCUAAUCUAACACCACCACCUCAGCCUGAUGCUGCAGCUCAAGCACCCUCUUCGGCUGCAAAGGCAAAUGUUGCCGACGUUGUUCUGUCCCUAGCGGCAAUCUUGGUGCUUGCAAUGCUUUCUGCUGGUCAUUAAUACUUGCCAUGAACCUCCAGAUCUUCAAUUUUCCACAAACUCUUAUAUCUUAAUUUGUACUAUAGAAUGCAUAAGACAUUAGUUCCUCAAAAAUUUAUUGGGACGAGACAUGAAGUAAUCGUCAACUAGGAAACCCCCAUUAGCCACUAUUGUGUUCGGAAUGAGAAACAUUUAAUUGAUGAAAGAACGAUGUCAUUUAUGCUUUAA